AUGGGCGGCGGCGGCGGCGGCGGCGGCGGCGGCGGCAGCAGGAGGGAGGCGAUAGAGCGGGAGCUGAAGAAGCUUCGGGCAGAGCGGGAGGACCUCGACGGCCGGAUACGGCUGCUGGAAUCGGAGCUCGAGGCGGUGCCUGCGGGAGUCAGCGGUGCGGCGGCGGGGAAAGGAGUAGGGGACGGUUCGUGCGGCGGAAGUGUCGCGUGCCAGAGCCGCGUGGGCAACGGGUUUGCGCCGGACGGUGGCCUCCCGGCGGAUAUGAUCUACCGGUACAGCCGCCACCUCCUUCUCCCGGACUUCGGGGUUGAAGGCCAGCGGAAGCUUUCACAAUCGUCGAUUUUAGUGGUUGGGGCUGGAGGUUUGGGCUCUCCCGUGGCGUUGUAUCUAGCAGCUUGUGGCGUCGGUUGCUUGGGCAUUGUGGAUGGUGAUGAUGUUGAACUGAAUAACCUUCAUCGACAGAUAAUUCAUAAAGAAGCAUAUGUUGGACAACCAAAAGUGAAGUCAGCAGCUGAUGCUUGCUGUGAGAUUAAUUCCUCUAUCAAGGUAGUAGAGCACCAUCAUACUCUGAAGCCAUGCAAUGCUUUGGAGAUUGUGCGGAAAUAUCAUAUAGUUGUUGAUGCAACUGACAACCUUCCUACUAGGUAUAUGAUCAGUGAUUGUUGUGUUCUGCUGAACAAGCCACUUGUAUCUGGUGCGGCAUUAGGUUUAGAAGGGCAGUUGACUGUUUAUCAUCAUAAUGAAAGUCCAUGCUAUCGGUGCCUCUUUCCAAGUCCACCACCUGUUGCAGCCUGCCAGAGAUGCUCAGACAGUGGUGUUCUUGGGGUUGUUCCGGGAGUGAUUGGUUGCUUACAAGCUCUGGAGGCUAUAAAGGUUGCAACUGGUGUUGGUGAACCCCUAUGCGGAAGAAUGCUACUAUUUGACGCACUCUCUGCUCGUAUUAGAAUUGUUAAGCUUCGUCGAAGCUCUCCAGGUUGCACCCAUUGUGGUAAAAAUUCCUUUUUCACAGAACAAGAUUUUCAGAAGUUUGACUAUGAGAACUUCACUCAGUCACCAAUGUCUGAUAAGGCAGCACCAAGUGUGAACCUACUCCCAGAGAGCGCCCGAAUCACUUGCAGAGAUUACAAAAAACUGGUUGACAAUAGUGAACCUCAUCUAUUAUUGGACGUACGACCCGCACAUCACUUCCAAAUAGCUUCGAUUUCUCCUUCUCUGAACAUCCCGCUCUCCAUGUUGGAAGAGAAGCUACCUACACUUGAAACCUCACUGAAGGAAACAGGAGAGGCAUCAACCUUGGUUGUCCUGUGUAGAAGAGGCAAUGACUCUCAGAGAGCCGUCAAGCUUCUCCACGAGAAGGGAUUUGCUUCUGCGAAGGAUAUCAUCGGUGGGCUGCAGGCGUGGGGACGAGAUGUUAAUCCUGAUUUCCCUGUGUACUAG